AUGCUCCGUUCCGCUGUUCAAUCAACCGCCAAGUACGCACCCCGCGCCUUUAAUACCUCAGCUAUCCCAGCUGACUACAUGCACUGGGAUUUUGCUGCGAGGCCGAGGGAAGCUGAUCCUCGGCGUCCGAAGACUUAUAUGGAGGAGCUUGAGGCUCAGUAUGCUGCUCAGGCGAGCAAUCCCAUCAUAUCCCCAACUUCGCACGUUGCCCCUGAUGUGCGGUGCCUGUGCCUGCAGCGCCCGAUCCCAGAGCAGCGGCGCAUUCAGUCCCGUUCGAUCUCCGUAUCCGCCCAGUUCCGAGCUGCUGUAGCUCCUGAGAACCGGCAAGUGCUUCACGGAACGAUGAGGUUCUCUCCCUACCGCGACGAAAACGCCCCACGUUCAGCACGAUCCGUCCCGUCAACCCCCUCACGGCUAGGCCAAGUACUUCCGAAGCCAUUGAUUGACGGGGACGAUGAGUUUUAUUUCAGUGAUGUGUAUGACAGUGAGGAGGAAGAGUUUCCGGUGAAUGAUGCGCCGAAGACACCGGCGGUUGCUAAGAAGAGUGCACCGGUUACGCCAGCGCCGGCGAUAGCGAAGAAGACUCCAAUGGUGCAGAAGAAGGUUGACGAAGCUGCUGUGACUUCUACACCUGCUGCGUCUGCCGCACCGGCUGCGGAAGGACGUUCAGAUAGCGAGGAUGAACACGCGAUACCCGAUUUGGGCGAGCAUCUGUCGCCUUACCAUCCCCACAACAAAGCUUCUGUGCUCUCGGCUCUUCAGCAGAAAUCUCAAGAGGUCUCCCGUACGCUCUCACUUGUCACACAAUGGUCCCAUCAUGCGACGAAAGCACAUGCAGACACCGUCAAGAGGGAAUUGGCGGAUGCGACGAAAAUGAUGACCUCCUUGGAACUGGAAGCGAAGGAGAGCGUGGAGCAGACGCAGGGUGAGCUCGAGAGGAGAAACAAAGAGAUGCUGGACCGGAUCGAGUUCGCAAUCGCAAAUGCCAAAAGAUACGAAGCUGAAGAGAAAGCGAGAAGGGAGCGAGAGGAGGUCGAAAGACAACGCAAAGCAAAGGAGGAAGCGGACAGAGCCACGAAAGCUCGCCUGGAAGCAGAGAAGAAGAAACAAGAGGAGGAAGCAAAGAAGAAAGAAGAAGAAAACAGAAAGUUGGCGGAGAUGGCACAGAAGCAAGCUGCGGAUGCGGAAGCCGCGAAGCUUGAGCGUGCACGUCAGGAGCAAGAAGCGAAGAUGAAGGAGCAAGAAAAGAAGCUGAAGGCGUUCGAGCCUGCGGAUGUGUCUGUGGAAGCUGACGCACAUCUGGCUGUGAUCGAAAGACUGAAGGUGGAGGUUCUGAAACCAGUUUCGGAAACUAAAGAGUGGAAAACGUUCUGUUUCAAAGCAAAAAGACAAAUCACGCCGAAGCUUGGGCAACUAACAAAAUCCCGUAAAAAAAUCCUGGCUGUCAUCGGGGCGAUUGAGAACGUUUUCUUCGAGGCCGAAGGUGUAUCAGAGAUAGUCUACCUCUGGCUCCUCAACUUCUUCUCAAAGUCCGUGGUGAAGCAAGCAGAAACCGAGGUGGCUGUCGCGCCAGCAACAGCAUACCCACUCGCCUACGUUUGCGCACACAUGCUCAGCAAACACCCCAAACUCCUCCCACUCUUCAUGGCUCGCUUCGCGAAGAAUUGCCCAUUUGUCGUCCCAGUCUGGCGAACAGGACGGACAGAGGGGGAUAUGAAGCUCAACGGCAUCAAACGCUUCGAGGACGGAAAAUGGGAAGAUGAAUCACCCUACACGGAACGCAUGUGCGGAAUCUUCGCAACCUACAUCGCAACAACCCAAACAGAACUCUGGAACAACCAACCCAACCUACUCCCCUUCUCCGCCUCGUGGAAAUGGAUGGCGAGACUCCUCAAUAAGCCACCACAAUCUAGUGCGUCUCCGGCGAUAUAUUCGAUGUUUAUGGAUAUUGCGGGAGAAAAGUUUGUGAGGGUGUAUGGGAAGCAGGGGGAUAAGAUGAUUAGGCUUGCUGUUGGGGGGUGGGUGGAGGCUGGGAAGGGGAUUGAGGGGCCGGCUAUGCGGAGUAGUUCUGUGAGGUUGCAGAUUAUGGGGGAGGAGUACAUCAAGACGGGGAAGUUGAAGGAGUUUGAGGGGAAUUUCGAUAACUGA